AUGAACAUUUUAACUUUGAUCGAGGAGGGACAACCAGAAGUUAUUAUUGACUUCGUAGCAUGGAUGUCACGGGCAAAUGGACGGGCUGACCGAGCAACCGAAGGACCUCUAUCCAUACCCCUCCUUCAUGAAAUCUUUUCGCUAACGUACCGUGGACCCCAAGUUCGCAGCUUACAGAAUCCAUGCAAUUGCAACAACAUGAUAUGCGUAUUGGUGCAUCACUUGGAUGGCAGCGAUAUUUGGACGCAACCAGCGUGCAAAUCGGGAUGUGGGGUUUUCAAAGUGCACAUGGGUCCUUGGACGCUUUUCAUUACGUCGGGAAGAAACUGGGCCACUGGACGAUACCCACCCCUUUCUAUAAACGAAUUCGUAUAUAAACUCCAUAAAGAACUGCACGAACCGUUGGAGAUAUUCGAACUUGACCAGAGAAUGAUCCCCAAGACGAUGAACAGUCUAGUUUUCGAAUAUCAAACGAUGCUACGUAAAGCCGGUGCCCAUUACAAGCAGAGGACGGGGAACACACCUGACAGGAGCGGUAGGGGACUCCAGAGGAUCGACUUUCUUCAUCGGAACGACACCGGGACUACCGGUCGCUUUUUCACUCUCUCGCAUCGUGCUGAGAUUCAAAGUACUUACUACGUCACCUUCGAUAAUUUCGAUUAA